AUGCAACAAGCGUGGUGUAAGAUUUGGAAUCUGAAUAUACCUCCAAUAAUAAAGCAUCUAGCGUGGAGAAUUUUACACAAUAGCCUUCCGACCAAAUGGGCGUUAUUUCCUCGCACUAAGAUUGGAGAUGGACUCUACAUCAGAUAUGGGAAUCGAGAAUUAGUGGAUCACAAUUUUGAAGAGGAGGACCUUGACAGAUUUUGGAUAACUUGUUGGGCAAUUUGGUACGCUAGGAAUCAACUAUGCUUUAAUAAUGUUGUGAUUCCUUGUGAGCAGAUUCUUAAUCUCUGCAACAAAACAAUGAGUGAGUUUAAAUCUGCAAAUGAAAAUGUUUUGAAGUCUGCGGUUAGAGAAGAUGUGAAAUGGACUAAACAUGAGAGUGGCUGGGUUAAGAUAAAUUCAGAUGCAGGGUUAUCAAGGAACAGUAACAUGCUUAUCCCUGGGGGUCAAACGGCCAUUGAAGCUGAAGCUGAAGCGAUGUUAUGGGGCUUGAAGAUUGCAAAAGACCUCCCUCUCAGACUGUUGAUUAUGGAAAGUGAUAAUUCCCAGUUAAUUUCUGCCACGAACCAAGGCACAGUCUACAUCAACGAGCUGGGAAACGUGCUUGAGGAAAUAACAAGGAAAGCGCAGAAUUUUGAGGAAAUAAAAUGGUCAUUCUCACCAAGAAAGAUGAAUUCUUUGGCCCAUGCGUUAGCAGCUGAUUCUAGUGAAGUUGAGGGAAAGAUAUGGACUGAAGAUUUGCCUAAAAAAUGGUUGCAUUUGUGGUACACAGACAAUGGGAUUAUUGUUUCUCAUGAUCUUGGAAGUUUUAGUUUAGCUGUUUAG